CGCGAUCUGCGCGCGUGGGCAACCGAAAGGGAGACACGAAGGGGCACCCAUCGCAAGCGACAUUCGAAGCCAUCUCCGGAGUCUGUCCCCUGGAGCCCGAUGACCCAGCGAUUCACUAAUCAAUCUCCAUUGCGUGCGCACCAUGCCCGCUCCACCCCGCCCAGGGCGACCCAGCCUAGGCGAGAGCCGCCCCCCUCCCCACACAGGCUGCAGAGCCCGAUUUGGACGCUGCAUGAGGCCUGAGCGCUUCCUCCUCUCUCUAGAUGGGGAACGUUGCAUGGGAGACUGCCACGCCCGUCACCUGGGCAAUUUGCUGUCACCUUUUUCGGCCUCUCUCGCUUCUCGCUGGACCUCGCGCAAUGGCCCGCUCUCGAUAGCUUCGAUAUCCACCUCGGUGAGCGGCGGCGGUGUGCCUAUCUAUGAGCUUUCCCAAAGCGGAAGUGCGAGAGUUCGUGAGCACUCGAGCUUGGACCCGCAACAGCGGACAGGGUCACCUCAUGUUCAGGGCGGGGGCCCCAUGUCACGCUCAGGCACGCCUUCCGUCAAGCCAGGCGUCGUCGCUUCCACAACAUCACAAUCGGACCGGUGUUCAAGCUUUUCCCCUCUGACUCGAACCACACACAACUGGGGCCGUUGGCGAUGGCGCUCCUUGGACUCUCUGCCCUGCCCUGCCCUGUGCCCUGCCCGGGGCUCCCGUUUUUCUUCUCCAACGUCGUCUUCCGUAGGCGUCGCCUCUGGUGGGACCGCUGUGACCACCACCACCGAUGGCCGGUUGACUAGCCCAUCUGCCAGCGCCUGGUGGAUGCCUUCUGUCACUUCCAAUUUCCCAUGGCCUGUGCGCUGUGUCAAAGCUCCCUCGUCGCCCCCGAUCAAGAUGUCGUUAGCAAGGCUGGGCAGGCUCCAGGUUCCAGGGGGAGGUUCCUUUUCUUCUUCCAACGCCAAAUCGAAAGACGUCGAGCGCGAUAUUGUACUUUUAUGAAUGCUCGAAUCCAUGCUUCCCCUAGCUUGCGAUCUGAGUAUAGCCUGUGAGGAGGCCGCCUUGGCGGGAAACGAAGCCCCCAAAAAAA